AGGCCUCCAAUUGCCUCCCUCUCUCUCUUUCGCUCUCUCUCCGGCCACGGUCGUCGCUGCGCCGCCGCACAGAGGCCGGGGCGUGGACGCUACACGCAUCCGUCUCUCCUCCUGCUGGCCGCGCUGUCUUCCUAUUCUCCAAGGCUUGAUUGGGGGAAUGUGAUGUGAUACCGUCAGCGAUGGUCCGUCAACCGACAGGGAGAUUUCGUCGGGCGUCUGGCGGGCUGGACCAACGAGACGACGACCGGCCACUUCUUUCUCGCUGGGCGGCUCAAGAAAUCGCAGGUUUCCACGCAGUCCCUGUCGUUCGGGCUCAAAUUGUCGUUACGUCACAGGCGAGUAGUUCUUUGACUAAUCUUUGAUUGAUUUGGCAGUUGACUGUUGCAGUUUGAUAUCUGAUAGUGAUUUGUCCGCAGGCGGUGGCUCAACUGCUCGGUGAGAGUGAAAUAUGGCUAAUCGAGGCCCUUUACUUGCUUUCCUGUUGACGACUUGAGUAGCCUUGAAGUUUGCAGUAGUGUGCCUUGUGCAAUUCCGCACUUCUUUUCCUAUGAUUUCAUAAGUGCUUCAUGUCUUUAAUUUAAUCUUGACAGAUUCAGUGAUCUUUCAAAUCUGCUCUGUGCAAUUUGAGAACCCCCUGUCUUUUGGCAUGACCGCACACUAGCUAGACAAGGACUGCUGCUUAGAGGUCACAUUAUUACUAGCUAGUUGUUUUCCUCCCUUUUAUUGGAGAGUGCUCAUCUUUUCCUUGCUCAUGUGUGCUUGGCAGUAAGCAUCUUUAAGAGGCUAUACUCCCUAAACCUGCUCCUUUGGAAGGCACUAUAUUUGCUAAUUUAUUUAGCAUUGUUUAGCUUGUUGGAAACUGGGGCUGAUUGGUAUGAAGUAUAAACAAUGUGAAAUAAUAUUCUAGUCUGUACUGCUCAAACAACUCUCACUGUCCUAUGUUGAAUUAUAAUUUUUUUCAGGUCAUGGGCGUUCAUAUUGUCACAUAUUACUGAAAAAAAUGGGCCACUGUGGAAACAGGUCCAGUUUACAUAGUAGUCAUCUUAGUAGACACUGACAGAUCCUCUAGUGGUUUGACUAAUCAUAGAUUCCCUUAAGAAAAUCUUUACAACUUUGCUCUAAACCUAUCACCUUAUUUAUCUAUUCUUUUUAAUCUUAAGGUUCCAUGUCCUUUCCCUGAAUAUUAUAAUUUAGGUAUAUGACCUGUGAUGUUUGUCUUCUGCAUUCACCUAAAUUAUUUUUAGGGAUAUACAAAUCUUUUAUCAUUAGGUGGCUUCACUAGUAAGACACACAUUUUAUCAGCUUUAUCUUCUAACUAGUUGAUUGACCUUGCAAUGUGGGUGAUUCACACUUUUUUCACACUUGCAUUCUUGACCACUUGACUAGUCUUGAAAUGCUUUUUGUGCACCUUUUUUUAUGCAUCAAGGAAGUGAUUGUUGUGUACACCUUACCUGGCUUACCUGCUUACUCCUUUUAUUCUGUUCUUAUACUUCAGUCGCUUCCUUUUCUUGUGCAUGUGGAGUUGACUUACUGAGCAUGUAUAAGAAGAGCCCUCAGACAUGAAAGUUGCACAGGCACAAAUACUGACACCAGAAUACCAGAUGCAGUGAGGGGUGGGGGAUGGAAGCUAUUGUGUGUGCAUCACAUGGAGCCAUGGGCUCCUUGCUGUGGAAGCUGGGUGCAUUGCUCUCUGAUGAGUACAAGCUUCUAAGUAGUGUGAAGGUGGAUAUGAUGUUCCUUAAAGCUGAGCUUGAGGUCAUGCAUGCUUUCCUGAAGAAGAUGUCGGAGGUGGAGGUUCCUGAUGAGCAGUCCAAGUGCUGGAUGAAGGAGGUGCGGGAGCUGUCCUACGACAUUGAGGACAGCAUCGACAGUUUCAUAUUUUCUCUUGGUUGUGAGUCCAACAGCGAACCUAGAGGCUUCAAGGGGUUUGUUGGUAGGUGCUUGAACUUGUUUGCCGAUGCUAAGACACGUCAUUGGAUUGCCAAGAAGAUCCAACGUCUCAAAUGCCAUGUUAUAGAGGCUAGCAAUCGGCGUGGGAGGUACAGGGUUGAUGAUGCUGUCCCCAGAUUGAGUAGAACAAGCAUAGACCCUCGCUUGCCGGCAUUGUACACUGAGACAACAAGGCUUGUUGGUGUUGAUGGCCCAAGGGACAAACUUAUCAAGUUGCUAACAGAAAGAGAGGGCACAACGACACAGCUGAGUGUGGUCUCCAUUGUUGGAUUUGGUGGGCUUGGGAAGACUACUCUUGCCAAUGAAGUGUACCAGAAGCUUGAAGGGCAAUUUGACUACAGAGCUUUUGUGUCAGUGUCACAAAAACCUGACAUUAAGAAGAUAUUGAGGCAUAUACUCUGCCAGUAUAGUUGCCGAGAGUGUGGCAACAAUGAAAUAUGGGAUGAGCAGCAACUCAUCAACACAACAAGGCAGUUCCUUAAGGAUAAGCGGUACUUUAUUGUAAUUGAUGAUAUAUGGAGCAUAUCAGCAUGGAGAACUAUCAGAUGUGCUUUUCCUGAAAAUAAUUGUUCCAGUAGAAUAUUGACAACUACUCGCAUCAUCACAGUCGCUAAGUAUUGUUGCUCUCCUCACCGCGACCAUGUUUAUGAACUGAAGCCUCUCGAUGCAGCUCACUCUAAGAGCUUAUUUUUUAAUAGAAUUUUUGGUUCUGAAGAUAGAUGUCCUCUUCAUCUGAAAGAAGUUUCCAAUGGAAUAUUGAAAAAAUGUGGUGGCUUACCAUUGGCAAUCAUUACCGUAGCUAGUUUAUUGGUCACUAAAGCUAUUACAAAAGAAGAAUGGGAGAAGAUGCUGAAGUCUAUUGGUUCAGCACUUGAAAAAGAUACAGAUAUGGAAGAGAUGAAGAAGAUUCUUUUGCUUAGUUACAAUGAUCUCCCCUACCACUUGAAGACAUGCUUGUUAUAUCUAGGUGUGUUUCCUGAAGAUUAUGAGAUUAAGAGGGAUCGACUGAUAAGAAGAUGGAUUGCUGAAGGUUUUAUCACUACAGAAGGUGGACAAGACAUGGAGGAAAUAGGAGAAUGCUAUUUCAAUGAACUUAUCAACAGGAGCAUGAUUCAGCCUGUUGGAAUUCAGUAUGAUGGUCGGGCUGAUGCUUGCCGUGUCCAUGAUAUGAUUCUUGAUCUCAUCAUAUCCAAAUCAGUUGAAGAAAACUUUCUAACCUUAUGUGGUGAUGGAAAUCACAAGCUGUUGCAACAGGAUAAGGUUCGUCGGCUAUCCAUCAAUUAUCAUGCUCGAGAUGAUAUUAUAGUACCAACAAAUAUGAUUGUUUCUAAUGUUCGAUCCCUCACUAUAUUUGGGUAUGAUGAGAAUAUGCCUGGUCUUUCCAACUUUCUACUCUUGCGAGUUCUGGAUCUAGAAAAUAGAGUGGUGCUGGAAUACAAUUACCUUAGACACAUAGGUAGGCUUUCUCAGUUGAGGUACCUCCGACUCAGUUCAAGAAGAAUAACUGCACUUCCUGAACAAAUAGGAGAUCUACAAAACUUGCAGACCUUAGAUCUGAGGUGGACAAGGAUUAAAAGAUUGCCACAGAGUGUUGUCCUCCUACGACGAUUGACAUGCUUGUUGGUUAACAGUUUAGAAUUGCCUGAAGGAAUUGGAAAUAUGCAAGCUCUACAGGAGUUAUCAGAGAUUGAAAUUAACUGUCAUACAUCAGUGUCCUCUUUGCUGGAACUGGGCAAAUUGACUAAUAUAAGAAUUCUUGGGCUAAAUUGGUGCAUCCUCGAUACAAAUUAUGUAACAAAAAUCCAUGCAGAUAGUUUGGUUAUGUCCCUCUGCAAAUUAGGCAUGCUCAAUCUUCGAUCGAUACAGAUUCAAAGCUAUCAUAGUUGUUCCCUUGAUUUCUUAAAGGAUUCUUGGUUUCCUCCUCCUCGUCGCCUCCAAAUAUUUGAUAUGUCCAUAGAUUACCAUUUCCCCAGAAUUCCAAACUGGAUAAUCUCACUGGAGUACCUCAGUUACCUAGACAUAUAUCUUACUCCAGUGGAUGAGGAAUCAUUUCGAACCCUGGGGGAUUUGCCCUCUCUGUUGUUCCUCUGGAUAUCCUCAAGAGAAGCAAAGCCUAAAGAAGGGGUUAUUGUCAGCAGCAAUGGUUUCCGCUGUCUGAAGGAGUUCUACUUCACCUGUUGGGAAAUUGGUACAGGGCUGUCUUUUGAACCAGGAGCCAUGCCAAUGCUUGAAAAACUGCGGAUUCCAUUCAACGCGCAUGGUGUGUGCUCUUUGCACGGUGUUCUGGAUUCUGGAAUCUGGCACCUCUGUUCCCUAAGGCAUCUCCAUGUCGAGAUUAUUUGUCAUGGUGCGAGGCUUAAGGAGGUGGAGGCCGUGGAGGAAGCUGUCAAGAAUGCAGCCAGCUACCUUUCUGAUGAGCUCUUCCUUGAUGUAAGAAGAUGGGACGAAGAAGAGAUUUUGAAGGACGAGGAGCAUAAACUGGAGGAAGAGGAGUUUAGUUCUUAUGAUUCAAAAAGCAUAACUCAAUACUGAAGUUUGAUUUCUUCUCUUAAUCACAAGCAUGCACAUGUAUUUCUGUUUCUACUGACUAGCACAUUGUAGGGUGCCUACACUAUUGACUUUAGCGCUUGUGAAGAGCUGAUUCGGCACGAUCAUGAUUCAAACAAAUUAGUGGUCCAUUAUAUUCAGUGACACAAUAAUUUGUUCUUCCUUUUUCAAAUUUGAAGUUUGGGAAAAUAUACUAGAUGCAACUGCAAGCAUUU